GACGCGUGGACGGCGCUGAUGGCGGCCAGAACCUCUUGGCGGUCUUGGUCACACACGGCCAGGCUGAGCCACUCCAGGCCCCGGUACUCCCUGCAGCAGCUGUGUGCCGGCACCACUUAGGUGACCCGUGAACCAGCGAAGAAACAGUUGGGCAAAAUAGUAAUGUCAGAAGUAAGAGUAAGCUGUGAAGGAAGAACAUCUGUCAUAAAGUGUUACUGGAGGCACGAAAAUGUCAAAGAAGUGCAAAGACAAUUCAGAAGACACUUUGACAGGGAUCCACCAAGGUGACUCGCCAUUGCUCGCAUCACAGCUACGUUUGUACCAGAUGAAAUUGUUCACGACCUUCAUAAGCAGGCAAACAGUUGGGCAAAAUAAUAAUGUCAGAAGUAAGAGUAAGCUGUGAAGGAAGAACAUCUGUCAUAAAGUGUUACUGGAGGCACGAAAAUGUCAAAGAAGUGCAAAGACAAUUCAGAAGACACUUUGACAGGGAUCCACCAAGAAACAGUUGGGCAAAACUAUAAUGUCAGAAGUAAGAGUAAGCUGUGAAGGAAGAACAUCUGUCAUAAAGUGUUACUGGAGGCACGAAAAUGUCAAAGAAGUGCAAAGACAAUUCAGAAGACACUUUGACAGGGAUCCACCAAGAAACAGUUGGGCAAAAUAAUAAUGACAGAAGUAAGAGUAAGCUGUGAAGGAAGAACAUCUGUCAUAAAGUGUUACUGGAGGCACGAAAAUGUCAAAGAAGUGCAAAGACAAUUCAGAAGACACUUUGACAGGGAUCCACCAAGAAACAGUUGGGCAAAACUAUAAUGUCAGAAGUAAGAGUAAGCUGUGAAGGAAGAACAUCUGUCAUAAAGUGUUACUGGAGGUACGAAAAUGUCAAAGAAGUGCAAAGACAAUUCAGAAGACACUUUGACAGGGAUCCACCAAGAAGCAGUUGACCAAAAUAAUAAUGACGGAACUAAGAGUAAGCUGUGAAGGAAGAACAUCUGUCAUAAAGUGUUACUGGAGGCACGAAAAUGUCAAAGAAGUGCAAAGACAAUUCAGAAGACACUUUGACAGGGAUCCACCAAGAAACAGUUGGGCAAAAUAAUAAUGUCAGAAGUAAGAGUAAGCUCUGAAGGAAGAACAUCUGUCAUAAAGUGUUACUGGAGGCACGAAAAUGUCAAAGAAGUGCAAAGACAAUUCAGAAGACACUUUGACAGGGAUCCACCAAGAAACAGUUGGGCAAAACUAUAAUGUCAGAAGUAAGAGUAAGCUGUGAAGGAAGAACAUCUGUCAUAAAGUGUUACUGGAGGUACGAAAAUGUCAAAGAAGUGCAAAGACAAUUCAGAAGACACUUUGACAGGGAUCCACCAAGGCAACCCACACGUGCGUUCAAGUCAGCGACCACUAUGGCACCGUCACAGUCGGUCACCUGCCCCUCCCACAGCAGCGCCGGGUCGUGGUAGGGCGAGUCGACCGGUGGGAUAUACAUGGCGCCAAGCCUCAUCCCAGGGCAGCAGGACAGCUCGACCCAUGUUUGUCCUUCUGCUGCAAUGUUGGCACAUGUGAUAUAUGGCACCAACGCACACUUCACCAACAUCAUAAUUCCUCCUCUCCGACUAUUUUGUUUACUUUUAUUCAUAUAUAAAUCAAAACCAAGCAAGCUACUAAUUAACGUUACUUAAUUUCAGUGAUCCAUAUCAUGUCAAAUUCUAAAGCAACAUUUAUCACUUCAGGGCUUUGGAGCUUAUUUUUCACACCACAGAUAUUACAAGCACAUAUUUUCAAUUGUCCAUUCCAAUUCUUUCCAUGCCAAAAUUUGGGAAAUACCUAUCAGUCACAACACAACACGCAGCAAUACUCGCCGCCGCCAGUCAUACGUAAUUUCCACUCCCUGGUUGUCUGGUUUCUGCUUCUCAUUUUCUCGGGUCCUCAGUCUUGUCGUUUCUCUCCUCGCCGCCGGAUGAGCGUCCUUCUUCACGCAAAUCCGUUCAAAGUUUCUUCCUGUAUCCUUCAGGUUCUUCGCCACUCGCAAGAUGUCGCUCCGUUGAUCUUGACUCUCCAGCGUUACGUGAAUAGGGCGACUCCUCCGUGCUUCAGGCUGUCCAAGUCGUAUUGUUGUCGGUGCGUAUCGGUCCGGCGUAACCCGCGGCUUCCAGCACUGUCUUGAUCUUCUCUCCUUCUGUCGUUCCCAGGCCGUCGUCAUCCUCCGAGACCCCAGUUAUAACCAAGUGCCGCACCCUUUCUUUGGCGCCAAGGGAUUCUAGGAACCGGUUUUGCUGGUGGAUAAUCAUGUAGGCUUCAUCGAGUGUUGUAUUCAGUGAUUCUAUUUCUUUCUUCAUCUCCUUCACAGCUGCCAAAUCUUCUGGAAUAUUUCUUAUUUCUUCGAGUAAUUCAGAGCUCGGUGGCUGCUCUUCAUGAGGCUGAUGUGCAACAGUUGUUCUCAGUGCACAUUUUAGUUGCGCCGCUGUCAGUUUAUUGAUCUCCGUAGCAGACAAUGCCUUCACUGUGUUUACAGUCAUAACUAGCCAUCUUGGACAAACAAACAAGUAUCCUGUUAAGUCUUUGCACCCCGUUUUCUUCAGUGGCUUGGCGUCGCCGUUACCAUGGCAACGGUUUUCACAGCGGUGCAGAGGGGAUGGGACCGGUGUUGAUUGGCCACAUUAUAUUCUAGCUUCUAACUACCGGCUAGCUUUCUUCAGUGGGCUACAAGUAACUGCGUCUUGGCUGCACUCUACCCUCGAGCAGCUCCUUAGGCAAUAUAUUGCCUGAUCUAAGCCUGCAUGGCAGCAGAAUCUUGGCAAAACUUGGAGCUCUAUCCAGGUCUGUUUGUUGAUGUUUGCAGCGCCAUCUACACUGUGCCUUAAGACUUUGAAACUAUUUCGGAACCACACGAUGCAGGACUACCAGCUCUGCCAUCACCUCAGGACAGGACGCAGGAAGGGGGGGAAGGGCGGAGUGGCCGUUUUCUCCCAAUCUCCCCUCAGUCCCUCACACCUGCCUGUCAACAUUCCUGCCGGAGUAGAGGCCCUGUGGGUGAGAGUUACGCCCCCCUGCCAUCUCAGCAACACGGCCUCCAUCAUCGUGUGCGUCGUGUACCACCCCCCACGAGCCACCACAGCACAGUUACUCACCACUCACAUCAGUGACACUGCUGAGGCCCUAAGUGUGAGGUAUCCUGUUGCCAAGCUGGUCAUCUGUGGGGACUUUAACGGAUUGUAUAUCAGCGAUAUCCUACACCAGCUACACCUCACCCAGGUCGUGGACUUCCCUACCACCCAGCAAGCCACCCUCGACCUUAUACUGACAGACCUAGGCCAGCAGUACUCGCUCCCCAAGCCGCUGCCUCCCAUGGGACGGAGCACCCACCUCUCCAUACUGUGGACACCCACAGGACCCACCACCUCGACCCCCCGGCCAGCUAUCACCAGGACCCACCGCCCCAUGCCUGAGUCAGCCUUGAGGGAGUUUGGGCAGUGGGUGACACAACACCCGUGGACCGAGGUGCUGGAUGUGGAGGACGUCCACUCAAAAUGGCACAAUUACGUCGCCACCACCACAGAAGCCUUCCACCGCUACUUCCCAGCCAAGAGCGUCACAGUGCACACAUCUGAUGCCCCCUGGAUGACGCCCCGCAUUAAAAGACUCAUGCAUCAGAGGACGUGGUCGUUCCAUUCCUGCCCGGACCUAUACGGGAAGCUAAGAAACAGAGGGAUCAGGGAGAUUAAGGCUGCCAAGGCAAGCUAUUACCCGGACAAGAUACACCACUUCAAGCAGGCCAACAACAGACAGUGGUACGCUAGCAGCAAAGCUUUGUGUGGCCUACAAAAGCACACUUCAUCUCUUCCUUGCACCUCACACCUUCCUGCUAAUCUCGCGGCUCAGGAGAUGAACGACCACUUUGCCGCUAUCUGUCACACCUGCCCUCCCCUCCACACCACUCCGCUUCCUGCCCAUCUUCCCGCCCCCUCCCCUUCCCCUACUGUACUGGCGAUAGAUGUUUUUAAGAGGAUACUUAAAGAUACCAAGAUACCAAGAUACCAAGGAUACUUAAAGAUACCAAGAUCCACCACACCCACUGACCUUCCCAUAUGGGAAGAGCCAGCAACACCGCUAUGCCCCAUAAUAAACGCCUCUCUUUCCCAACACUCUUGCCCCGCGGACUGGAAGACAUCUUACGUCUCUCCCAUCCGCAAAGCUUCCAGUCCACAGUCCCUCGGUGACCUCAGGCCAGUCUCUAUCACCCCCAUCCCUAGCUUUAUUUGUGAAGAUUUUGUGUAUGACUGGGCCUACACCAAAACUUGUUAUACCGUGGAUAUCAGACAGUUUGGAAAUAUUAAAGCCACCUCCACCUCCCAUUACCUGACCAGCUUCUUUGACUUCAUCCACAGCCACCUGGACAAGCGAAACACCUCUCUACCUGUUGCUUUUGUGGACUUCAAAAAAGCUUUUGAUCUUGUUGAUCAACUUUGUUGUCUUCAGCAAGGCAAUGAGUCUGGGUCUCCCUCCCAACCUGGCAGCGUGGCUAGCCAACACCCUCUCAGGGAGGCGUCAGGCCGUUCGCUAUCAGGGUCUGUCUCUAAUAUCCAACAGCUGACAUGUGGGGUCCCCCAGGGAACCAAGAUGAGCCCACUAUGCUUCCUCCUCCUCACUAACGACGCCCUCACUGACACCCCCAUGGCUGGAAGUGUGUGUACGACUGCACCGUGGGCGUCCCAGUCUCCACCAGGAACCCGGACUACUUGCCACUCCAAGUCAUUUUGGAGCGACUGCAGACAUGGACGGAGGAGAGCAGGAUGACCAUCAACCACAGCGAAACUGUGGUGAUGCAUUUCUGUACCUCCUCUGUACCAGUGCCCUCUCCCCAGCUCACAGUGGGCUCUCACCCCCUCCAGGUGGUCCGAUGUGCCUCUGGAUGUGCUUCUCGGAGUCACGGUGGACGACCAGCUGACCUGGAAGCAGCAUGUCGCCAGCACCGUAAGAUCCGCUACCUACAAGCUGUACAUGAUGCGCAGACUCAGGUCACUGGGGACACUGACAGACGAGUUAAGGGGAGUGUGCCUCACCUUCAUCCUCCCCAAACUCAUGUACGCCUCCCCAGCGUGGUCCUCCUCCCUCACACACACUCAACAGCUCCAGCUGGAGAGAGUGCAGAAGAGGGCAUGCAGGGUCAUCUUUGUCCCUGCCUACACCACCUGUGAUGAAGCCCUGACCACCCUGAGUCUGUUCAGACGUCCAGACUAUCCACCAGGCACCGAGAGGCUCUGGAGAAGUUUGGAAGGGGACUUCUGCAUCAUCCACGCCUCAGACACCUGCUGCUGCCUAAUGCACCUCGCCUGGUCCGUGCCACCAGACACCACAACAAGAUAACGCCCCUAAAGGCGCCGCGCACGGACCGGUACAGACUCAGCGCGAUUCCCACCAUGGUGCGAGCCAUCAAUCAACAGUAUUCCUCUUCUAUAUUAAGCUUAGCUUCAGGAUUAAUGUUAAGUAUUUUCCCAUCCCCUCUGAACAUUUUCAGUUUGUAAAUUGCCUUAUUAAUAAACUAUUUAUUAUUAUUA